CUCGACUCUCUCUCACUCCUACUGUCCAACUCACAGUCUGCGCAGGCCAUCAGCUCGGCAGCACGUCCCGGCGCAACAGAUUCUUGCAUAUUAAAUAACUCUGAUUCUGCAACGUGUGUAGCCGAAACCCCAGACAGUUUUCUCAGUGAGCAUGAACCUCAGUCUGUCCGACCAGAACAUGCACAACUCCAGUGAAGGCUGCCUCGAGGAUGACAAACCUGAUGUCAUGUUGCCUUGCUUCCGCAGAAAUAUGUAUGACGAGCCUCUGGCCUCGUACUCCAGCGGUUCCAUCAUCUCUCAGCUCCUCCGCAAGACAAUCCACAAUAAAAGGGCACUAGAUGAAAGCCAUUUCUACCUUUCCAGCUCGACUGCCGCUGACUCCGGUCAGGAGGACCAGUGCAGUGUCUCCUCAAAGGACAGCACGGUGGAAGCUGCCUCCCCCAGCGCUCACGUUUCCACGGGAGCCAGCAUGGAGGGGGAGCAUCCCAUGACUGACCACCUGCAGGCCAAGAGGGCCAGAGUGGAGAACAUUAUCAGGGUCAUGGCGGGCUCUCCCAACAGCAGGCAGCAUGGAGACAGCGAGAGGUCUGACACAGAUGCCAGAGACACCAGAGAGGCCAGAGAAGCAUACAGGGAGAACAAACGUAAGCAGCGGUUGCCUCAGCAUCAGGAACACAGUGUUGGAGGACCAGCGAACAGAAGACCUGGAAGCAGCAAAAAUAGUGAUAACUGCAACAACAAGGAUGAGGAGUGUCACAAGCUGAAAGAGCAGCUCCACAGCAUGCAGAGGCUGCUGCGUCAGCUCCAGGAAAAGUUCCUUCAAGUUUACAACCAGGAGGACCCUGAACACAAUGACAGAGAUGAGACAGAAGUUGUUGAGCACGACACUCUGGGAGAAAGCACAGAGUCACGCUACGCAAGCACAGAAGAUGAUUAUGAAAGGAAGAAUAGCAGAGUGACUGCAGAGUGUAAGGACCGAAUGAAAGUAGUUGGGUAUCUGGUGCACCAGAGAGAAAAUCAGAACCUGCAGGAGACCCUGAAGCAGGAGCUCUCCAGGGCUGUGAAUGACUGUGUGGACAGAGUGUUCAAGAAGGUGUCCUCCACAGGGCUGGAUCUGUCCCCUCAGCAGCGCAUGUGCUCGUCUCCCGAGAUGCAGAUCAGCGUGGGUGCAGACAGGAAGAGCCAGCAGGCCGGCUCCACCCAGGAACAGCCCCAGGCUGAGGAGGCUGCAGUGAAGCCCCGCUCUUUGGAGUAUUAUGAAAGCGUCGAGGCUCAAAGCCCACAGGACCAGACGGAGGCGCUCUCAUUGGUGGUCCGCAAGCCAGCCAUGACCCCUCUGAGCUCAGUCACGCCAACAGUGAAGAGGCCCUAUCCCGUGCACCAGACACCAUUUCAGUUCAGUUACAGCACCCCUCUGCACGACAGUCAGAUCCUAGAGCAUCUUCUUAAGUACGGGCCACAUUCCAGUUUCGGGGGUCUCCCUUGCAUGCCCCCCUCAAUGGACAGGACGUCCCCAGACUCAGUAGAUCUGCCCUGGGACACCAUCGCCAUGAGGUCCAAGGUGACAUCCAGCCACCUCGGCCACCACGCUCGUGCCUCCACCCUGGGGGCAGUGACAGUCGACAAUAUGUGUCUCCCUCACGUCAAGAUCGAGUGCGGUGAACUGCAGAGCAUGGCGGAACGAAACCCCUACAUGUCACUCAACAUCCAGGAGGGUCUCACCCCGAGUCAUCUGAAGAAGGCAAAGCUAAUGUUCUUCUACACCCGCUACCCCAGCUCCAAUGUGCUGAAAACCUUCUUCCCUGAUGUCAAGUUCAACCGUUGCAUCACCUCUCAGCUGAUCAAGUGGUUCAGUAACUUCAGGGAGUUCUACUACAUCCAGAUGGAGAAGUUUGCCCGCCAGUCCAUCGUUGAUGGCAUCAGUGAUGUCAAAGACAUGACAGUCAGCAGGGACUCGGAGCUGUUCCGGGCACUGAACAUGCACUACAAUAAAGCCAAUGACUUCCACAUAAGAUAG